CACUAAGACCCAAAUCUAGUUUAUAGUUUUCAUAUGGGAAACCACACAUGGAAACACUAAUACAGACAGUAUAUCACCUCAGCUGCAUGUGAGGAAUAUGUGUUAUUAUGUCUCACUGUGGAUUGAUUAAAUAUAUUUCUUGAGCAAUGUUUUAUUCAAACCUGUGGGUUCCAUACUGUACAAUGAAUCCCACAGGUCCUGUGUAUCACGUGUGUGUACUGGUAUGUAACGAGUAUAUUACACUGGCGCUCUUUGGCCAUCCCUCUCCCAUGUCAGUGUGUUUAGAGUGGCUUGAUGGGCUGCUUUACAAACCCUGUGCAUGACUCACCACAGCGCAGAGGGGAAAUAAUACUGUGGCUAUCCCACUUUCCAACCAAGGUGCAUGAACACUGAAAGAGCAGGUGCCAGAGCCAAGCUGGGGGCCAUAGAGAGCCAGACAGACAGUCCUGAUGGCAGAAACCUGGAAGGCAGUCUGCUCUGAACACGUGCUCUAGGAGCCCGCCCCGCCAGGGGCCACACUUCACGCGGAAACACUGCACAGGUGUGUGAGUCCAUGAGGUCGUCCAUGCUGGUCCUGCUCCUCAUGGUCAGUGCCCAGGCAGUGGCCACCAUGGGAGGGGACUUCUGCCCCCCGGUCUCCGUUCAGCAGCAAGGCCCUGCCCCCAAAAGGACCCCUAACUCUGCCCCCACCGUGGAUCCCAAACUGUUCACCAAGCGACGCUACCGCUCGCCCCGCGUUCUCUUCAGUGCCCAGCCGCCCGACACUGAGCCCAUGGGACGCCAGGGGUCCGGGGCCAGCAGGGCAAGGCGCAGGGUUGGUCAGCCGAAGCACCGGGGGGUGUACUCUGUGUGUGAGAGCAUCAGCGUCUGGGUAGGCAACAAGACCAAGGCCACGGAUAUAUCUGGCAACGAGGUGGAGGUGUUCCCGGAUGUGAACAUUAACAACGUGAAGAAGAAGCAGUACUUUUUUGAGACCACGUGCCGUGGCGCACGGGGAGGCAGCACUGGCUGCCUGGGCAUCGAUGGGCGACACUGGAACUCCUACUGCACCAACUCACACACUUUUGUGCGGGCGCUGACUUCCUUCAAAAACCUGGUGGCCUGGAGACUGAUCCGCAUCAACGUGGCCUGUGUCUGUGUGCUUAGCCGAAAGUCCUGGCGACAGUGACCGUACUCUCACGGGUCAUGUGGUCACUUCAGUACUGACGACAGGACCACUUGGUACUAUCAUAUGUCACUGCAGUACUGCAGUCCCAACCCCCCACCACCUACCCACUGGAGUGCUCUGAGACUCUGCCCCACUACAGCCCUCACCUAGCCGUCUGCACAAAGUAAAUUAUUGAUUAUGAGGACUGCAAGUAUAUAAACCAACCAUUUCUUUAUCACUUGUUGUUGUUGUUGUUGUUUUGUUGUUGAUAUUGUUAUUUAUUAAACACCUCAGUACAUG